GUCGAAACAGUUGUAUGACUACCCGCUCUCCGUGACGCUCGGUUUCGGUAACUCGAUCUUCAUUGCUGCACCUCUUGAUUAAUACCGGUUAUAAGAUGGCCAUGGAUGAGUCUACGAGUCGCGUUAUCCUUUGGGGUGUACCCAUGUGCCUGUCCACAGUUUUCACGAGAUGCAUGGCGGCAAGAGGCAACACCGAAAUCUUCGUGGAGCCCUACGACAACUGUCACAGUUUUGGCCCGGAGAGGCGCGUCGCAUGGCCGGCCCAGAUCCACUCGGCAGACCUGGUGAAUGACUGGCAGACCUACAGUUGGACAACGGCUAAGCUGGAGAGGGAUUAUCCACAGUCUGUCUUUGUGAAGGACAUGGCCUUCGCAAUGGAUGGGAAGUUUGAGAUGCUACCGGGUGGUUACCGCCACACUUUCAUGAUCAGGGACCCCGUGAAGGUGUGGUCGGCCUACCGAAAGAGAAUCACACAACUGUUGUCGGGUGAGAAAAAUGGCGUCGACUCAAACCUACCGGGAGACCUUGAAAGCUACGUCAGCCCUUCAUCCGUUUACAAGGCCAGUUAUAAUCUCAUGGACUACGUGCGAUCUGUUCUCCACCAGACACCGGUCGUUGUUGACGCCGAUGAUUUGGCUGCUCACCCCGGGGAGACCUUGCGCCGGUACUGCUCGGAAGUCGGCAUCCCGUACAAGGAGGACAUGUUAAACUUUGCCGCCCAAAAGGGCACAGAGGAGAAUAAAUGGCACUGCUCCAAGUUCUUUCAGUGGGGAGGGGAACAAGGUGGGUUCUAUGACAAGGCGAUGAAGAGUCACAGCUUCCUUGUCAACAAGACAGAGUACAGGAUGGAGGACUUGCCUCCGGAUGUUGUUGAAUGCGUCAAGAGGAACCAGCCGUGGUAUGAGAAAAUGUACGCCUUGCGAUUAAAACCAGAAUAA